ACUUCCGGUAUUGGGGCGGGACUUCCGUUUCCCCAACGGAAAUAGCGGAGGCAGUGCCAUGGAGAGAGAAUUCCCCGGAACAACCGCAACCCACAGUGCUGGGCGAUUUCUGGUCUAGUCUAAGGAGGUUUACACCUCAGCUAGAAGAUUCUAUCCCCAACGCCUGGGCUUGCCUGACGGUAGCAUCGUAAAGCUGGAAAGUCACCUGGGGAACUGCACCAGAGAAAGCCCUGCGUCUGUAGACUCAGCACCAGUUGCUCAGAUGGUGAAAGAACAGAGAACUUUUAGCAGCUUCGGAUGUGUUUCCAGCAACUGCAAUGGCUUCUCUCCAAAGGAAAGGACUGCAAACAAGGAUUCUUAGCACUGGAGAAGAGGAGAAGCUGAAAAGAGACCAAGCUUUGGUGUCUGCUUUUAAACAGCAAAAACUGGAAAAAGAGGCUCAGAAAAACUGGGACCUUUUUUACAAAAGAAACAGUACCAAUUUUUUCAAGGACAGACACUGGACUACCAGAGAGUUUGAGGAGCUAAGAUCAUGUCGGGAGUAUGAAGGUCAAAAACUGACUUUGUUGGAAGCCGGAUGUGGGGUUGGGAACUGUUUAUUCCCACUUUUAGAAGAAGACUCCAAUAUCUUUGCCUAUGCCUGUGAUUUUUCUCCCAGGGCAGUUGACUACGUGAAGCAACAUCCUUUGUACAACGCGGAGAGGUGUAGAGUGUUCCAGUGUGACCUCACUCGAGAUGACCUCCUUGACCACAUCCCACCGGAGUCUGUGGAUGCUGUCACGCUGAUCUUCGUGCUCUCGGCUGUGCACCCUGAGAAGAUGCACCUCGUCUUACUAAAUGUGUACAAGGUAUUAAAACCAGGCAGAAGUGUCUUGUUCCGUGACUAUGGGCUGAAUGAUCAUGCCAUGCUUAGAUUUAAAGCCGGAAGCAAACUUGGAGAAAAUUUCUAUGUCAGACAGGAUGGAACCAGAUCGUAUUUUUUUACUGAUGAAUUCCUGGCGAAGCUCUUUGUGGAUGCAGGUUAUGAAGAAGUGGUGAACGAGUAUGUGUUUCGAGAGACAGUGAAUAAAAAGGAGGGCCUGUGUGUGCCGCGAGUUUUCCUUCAGAGCAAGUUCCGGAAGCCCCCGAAGGACCCAGCUCCUACCACUGACUCUGCUUCACUUUUAAGAAAAGAAUUUUAAACUGUUUUGUAUUUUUUUAUAUUCUGAAUUUUUAAAAAUUGCAUGUGUUAUUUUUGUACUAAGAACGAGUGAAGCCUGGGGAGAUGGCCCAGCAGGUAAAGGUGCAUAGCUGUGCAGGCCAAGCAACCUGAGUGUGGUCCCAGCAGUCUGUCCAGGAGUAACGGCAGGGGGGCUGGCUGUUGGAUUCCAGCACCCACAGGGCUGCUCACCACACUUCUGCCCUUAAUUCCAGGCCCGAGGCAUUGAGUGCCCUCUUCUGGCCUCUGCAGGUGGUGCACAGACAUACAUGCAGGCAAAACACCCAAAUUACAAAAGAAAAAACCCCAGGUUUGGCAAUUUGAAUUUAUCCUCAUAUUCGUAUCUCAAGACGAGAAGCAGAGAAGGAAGAAUCAUCCUGCAGCUCAGGACCAGCUCACUGGAGUACACGGUGUGGCAGACCUAAGAGACCUGGCCUCACAGAGGUGGACUGAGAGCUGCUGACAAUUGUUUUUCUGACCUCACAUGUGCACAAAGAAGUAAAUAAAGUGAAUUUGUGUGCA